AGACUGCCUGUGCACCGGGGGACAUCAAAUGCGGGCGGAACCAUAGAGAACAACACUUGUCCUUAACCUGACAUGAAACACAAGUCGAGUAAUAAUCGCUGUCUGUAAUUACAGUUUAGCAAUAAUAGUGUUAUACAGCACCAUGUCUCUGGCAGCGGAGGCUUUCGUGUCGCAGUUGGCAGCUGCUGAGCCUUGGCCUGAAAAUGCAACCCUGUACCAACCCCUGAAGGAAGAUCAGAUCCUGCUCUCAGACCAUGCGUCGUCUCUUGCUGUGCAGGCCUAUCUCAGGAUGUGCGGUCUACCUGUGCAGGUGCUUUGCAGAGUGAACUCAGAAUUCAUGUCGCCAUCUGGGAAAAUUCCCUUCAUCCAUGUAGGGAACCAGGUGGUUUCAGAACUUGGUCCGAUAGUGCAAUUCACCAAAGCUAAGGGUCACUCUCUGAGUGACGGCUUGGACGACGUUCAGAGAGCUGAGAUGAAAGCUUACAUGGAGCUUGUUAACAACAUGCUGCUCACUGCCGAGUUAUACAUCCAGUGGUGCGAUGACGCUACAGCGGCAGAGAUCUCACGUCCCAGGUACAGCAGCCCUUACUCCUGGCCUCUCAGUAAAAUCCUGGCCUAUCAGAAGCAGUGGGAGGUGCGCAGGAAGAUGAACGCCAUCGGCUGGGGAGGGAAAACGCUUCAGCAGGUUUAUGAAGAUGUGAGUCAGUGCUGCCAGGCGCUCUCUCAGAGGCUGGGGAUGCAACCGUACUUCUUCAACAAACAGCCCACAGAGCUGGAUGCACUGGUGUUUGGUCACCUCUUCACCAUACUGACCACCAGACUGACCAGCAGUGAGCUGGCAGAGCGGGUGAAGAGCUACAGCAACCUGCUGUCCUUCUGCAGACGCAUCGAGCAGACUUACUUUGAAGACAAGAGCUCAUGAAGGCCCGAUAAAUGACCUCGCCCUGUACAUUCUGCAUUUCCGUCUCUCAUUCCCCUGACUGUAGCACACAGCCCCCUAAAACUGCCCAUUUGAAAUAUUCUCUCCUUUUGCUUCCUGCCUGAACGUCGCAUGCAGCUUGAGAGAUGAUAGUUAUUUUAAGACAUGAGAAAAUGUUUUUUAUUAAAGUCACUGCAGAUAAAAGAAAGUCCACGAAAUGACAUUUAUUGCCAAUUAACAAGGUAUAUAUGUCGCCUCUAAUAACGAGUUCCAGAGAAUCAUCGAAUGUAGAGCCGAUGGGAGCAGAUGUCGUAGUUUAGACUGAUUGGGUUUUUGAGUUGAAUGGAUGCUCUGUGAAACAGUCAUUUGCAUAUUUAUUUACAGUCUACCUUUCCACCAGUUGCAUUCUUAGGUUGCUGGAAGAUUUUUUUUUUGAGCCACGUUUGGAACGGUAGGCGUAUGAAUUUCACAGCUGUGCAACACGACCAACUUUCAGAGGGCAGAACUCCACUUGACCCCAGUUUGAGGUCAAACCGUGCACAUUUUAUUUUUCUCCUGGGGCGCUUAGAAGCUUGUAAGAAAUGCAGAACAGCGUUGGCAAACCCAGAGCUGCUUUUGUCUUCUAUUGUACAAAGAAACUAAACGGGAACAUAGUGAUGAUGGUGUGAUUUAAAUGUUUUUCCACUUUGUUUUCCUUAUGUUAAAGUGCCUAAGGCAGAUUUUCAGCUCAAUAAACUUUUACUUUCCCCAAUAAA